CCGUAGUCAAAUGCCCUGUUGUACCGCUGAAACUGUUGAGAACAUUCGUGUGGCGUGCAUCUCCUUAUCAGUAGGACCUUCCAAACAUGCGUAUCGGUGCUUGCCCAGCAGAUAUUAUGUCAUUAAAGAAUUUCCUGGAAGCAAUUAGCCCCCCUCCACAUUCCUUUUUUACCUUUUUUUGUGUUUGUUCUGCCUCGGACUCGGGUGCUGUGUGCUGAGGAAUAUUUCAAUGGGUGUCUAAAACAGAACUCGGGAGACAGACGUAGCUACUGUAACUAAAAGCUGGAAGGAGCUGAGAACAUUCUGCGCUAUGUGGAAGCGUUCGUCUAAGACUCUAUGCUUGUGACUAAAAUAAAAUCUUGGACUUCACUGCUGAUGAAGAACGGGAAGGAAAAAGAAUUUGGAAGAGAAGAAUGGCAGCACCUGAUCUUCUGGAUCCAAAAUCAGCCACACAGAACUCAAAACCUCGCCUCUCCUUUUCUACCAAACCCAUCGUUUUAAAUUCAGGGGAUGAGUGCGACACAGUAGCAACAGUCAUGAAGUGGAAAACAGUCACUGCCAUUUUCCUGCUUGUUGUGCUGUAUUUGAUCAUUGGUGCUACAGUAUUUAAAGCCCUGGAGCAGCCUCAUGAGAGUUCCCAAAAAAGCAUCAUUCUGGCCGAGAAGCUGGAGUUUCUGUCCAAGCACUCUUGUGUCAACUCCUCAGAGCUGGAGGAACUCAUUAAGCAGGUAGUAUCUGCAAUAAGAGAAGGAGUAAAUCCAUCAGGAGUGCCCCCCAAUCAGACCAGCCUGUGGGAUCUUAGCAGCUCUUUCUUUUUUGCUGGGACAGUUAUAACCACCAUAGGCUUUGGAAAUAUCUCACCACAUACUGAGGGUGGGAGGAUAUUCUGCAUCAUCUACGCCUUGUUGGGAAUCCCACUCUUUGGUUUUCUGUUGGCUGGAGUUGGAGAUCAGCUGGGGACCAUUUUUGGAAAAGGAAUAGCCAAAGUAGAAAAGAUGUUUGUUAAAUGGAAUGUGAGCCAGACCAAAAUACGAGUGACAUCCACAGUGUUGUUUAUCCUCUUCGGUUGCCUCCUGUUUGUAGCCAUCCCUGCAAUUAUAUUUAAACACAUAGAGGGCUGGAGUGCUCUAGAGUCCAUUUAUUUUGUUGUCAUCACCUUAACGACAAUUGGAUUUGGAGAUUUUGUUGCAGGUGGCUCAGAAAUAGAGUACCAGGACUACUAUAAACCAGUUGUGUGGUUCUGGAUCUUGGUUGGCCUCGCCUACUUUGCUGCAGUCCUGAGCAUGAUUGGAGACUGGCUUCGUGUUAUAUCCAAGAAAACAAAAGAGGAGGUAGGGGAAUUCCGAGCUCAUGCCGCAGAAUGGACAGCUAAUGUUUCUGCAGAGUUUAAAGAGACUCGUAGGCGACUGAGUGUGGAAAUUUACGACAAGUUCCAACGUGCCGCAUCCAUCAAGAGAAAACUGUCUGCAGAGCUUGGGCUCAAUCCCAAUCAGGAGUUGACCGCCGGGAAGAGGACUCUGUCUGUCAACUUCACUGAUGAAAAGGAGAGAGAUGUCUUUCCCCCCCUCACGAGGAAUGGCAGCCUGUACCUAAAUGGCCUGAGUCCAAACUGCGCCAGUGGAGAGAUCGCUGUCAUUGAGCAUCUCAAGUGACAAGGCCUGGUCUCUCGGUUGUCACCUGUAAAGAGUACUCAAACCUGAAUUACGACAGUUGUAUGGCAAAACCUAACUGCAUUCUAUGCGGUAGUCAAAUGAAAGGACUUGUGCAACUUCCCUUAUUAAGUUGAUAUCUAUUACAUUUACAUUAAGCAAUGAAAAAAUGAAUCGCUUAUCACAGACUGAACAAGGAUUAAUUGACAUCUUAGUUUAACUAAACCUGAUGCUUUUGGCUCUUUUCAUUUGGCUUGAGUCAUCCAGGCCUUGCUUUUUUACUUAUUUACUAAUGUAUUUGAAAUGCUGAAGGAUCACUUUAUGCCUUGUACCAGCUAAUGAAUCUGAGACUGCAGUGCAAAGAGGAAUUCCUAGCUCUGAUUAUAGGGCUGUUAUAUCUUGCCAGAAUGCAAGUGCAGUUUUUUUUACAUAAGGAAUAAUAUUAGUGCCUUACGUAUCCGAAGAAACACUUUCAUAUCUUUUGCAUGUUUGAAUGGACACUGUAAAAUUGUUUUUGUUCUUUAUUGAUUGUUUUUUUAGCUCCUCCACUUGAAAGUGCAGGUUUUAAUGGGAUGACAAGACUGAAACUAUAGAUGGAAGUCAGACCUCAAAGGAUAUCAAAGCGGCCUCUGUACCCCUGGAUGAGCAGUUAAGUAAACUGCAAAAUCAUCAGUUGGCAACAAAACAUGGACUCAUCAUACCCAGCAAGCUUCACAGAAGAGAUGAACUAUUUCCCUUUAACCAUCAGGCCUGCCAGUAGGAUCAAUGGAUCUGUUUUUUGUAUCCUUACUAAUAUUCUAACAACUUCCAUCAGCACACAUGGGGCCAUAAGCUGUGGUCAUUAAUAAACAUAAGCACCAGUUUGUCAUAUAAAGCAAACAACGCAAGGAAGUUUUUGAUUUGCUCUAAGCUUUUUCAAAAUCGAAUAUAAUAGUCCCUGUUUAUCCAUUUUAAUAUUGUAAAAUAAAUGUUUAUUUUAUUUUUUCCAAAUAUGCAGAGCAGAAAAUAUUCUAUGGCGAUGCCCACGGUACUGGUUUAUUAGAAGUUUGUAUUUCUCAGAAUAUUUUUAAUUGCACAGUUUUUCUUUCAGAUUUCUGUGGCUUUAGAGUGUUAUUUUCUACUUCCAUUCAAUUUUUUCAAAGUAAUUAUAUUUUAAAAAAUAGGAAGGCUUUGUAUACCUUGUGCAAUAUUCCAAGCAGGAGAUGAUGCUGAACUUCAAGAACUGAAACAGCUUAUCAUUCAUCAUUGGCCUGAUGAAUAUUUCUUCAAAAUGCAGUUCAAAUAACUGGGACAAGCGUAAGAAACAUAAUAAGAUCACAAUGUUCACACCAAAUGGGAAAAAGUGCAUAAGAGAUCCAAUGUCCAAUAAAAGAAAGCUACCAGCACAAAAACUGCAUUGAAUACAAACCUAUGGAAUAAAAUAAUGAUUUUGAGGUGUAUAACUUUAAGAAAGACAACAGCAAAUGCAACAAUAAAACAAUAACAUUUUUCAGAAUUAGGAACAGUGUUGCUGGGCUUCCUCUGAGUGCAGCCCUCUCAUCAUAAAGUACUGUUUAUUACUCUGCAAUUUUGGAUUAUAUCCUAUAGUUUUCAACCCCUGCAAUAGUACAGCACUGACUAUUUUACACUGUUUAGGGAAACAGCAAUAAAGUGGUGUGUUUAUUAUAUAAUUUUGCGCAAAUUAAUUUAAGUCCUCUUUUGCCUUCAAUGAUAUUAGGAAAUCGAGCAUAGGAGCAUAACCAGUUUUUACCAAACGUUGGACUGUAAUGCUGCAAUACAGGCACAAUAUAAAACAUUUUAUUGCUUAAUUCCCUUUAAUACAGUUGUGUUAUUUGUUAUUAAUGCUAAAAAUUGAUUGUUAAAAAACCCUCAUUUGGGUGGAAGUCUUAAGGGAUGCAACAUUUUAAGGAUAGCUGUAUUUAGACUUGAAUUGGUCUAACUCAAACCAUUUGUGUACUGUACAUAGCCUACUGUGUGUUCAGGGGAUAGUCUAGAAGGAUUAAUUAAUUUGUUGCUGCUGCCCUCAAAAAUACAAAGGCAAAUGCAAAAUCAUUUUUACUGUAUCAUACAUUUCAAAAAGCCUUACAUUUUUCAUAUUUUUGUACCAGUUUGCCAGAAGUUUAUUCUAGUCCUGUAGCCAUUGAGUGUUACUAUUUUUUUUCUGAUAGUCAAACAAACAAUAAGAAAAAAAGUUGUACUCAUCAGUUCCAAUCUUUUACAUUCAAAGAAGACCAUUUGCAUUUUCAGUAUGUAAUGAGGUCUUAUAAAUGCUAAUAAAAUCUGUAAAGCUCUCAGUUGUGAAAACCUGCUCUGAAUUUCUGAAUGUGACAAUAGAUUAUUCUGGACCAAGAGGAAAAGUAUAGUCCUGUGGGAAAAUGACUCGAUCCUCAUUUUCUGCUCUGUUUCUGAUAUUGUUUGAAGCUGAGAAUAAAUCUUGUCGUCACUGCUGGCAAAUCAGAAUACUGCUCUUCAAGCAUGAAGCAAUGUUAUAUAAGCAUGACUAGUGCCCCAAACUAAACACCAGACAGUCUGUAAGCACAUAGCUCAUUUUAAAUCCGCAUCCUACAAUAUAACAAUGUCUUUGCACAACUUAACCACCGGAUGACACAGUACUUUUUGACACUGAUAUAAAACCUUGUGGAAAAAAAGUCUCAAACAAAGCUAGGGGAAAUUGCUUACAAAGCAGGGAUUGACACUAAUUUCUUGAAUGUAUUUCAGUGGCUCACUUGACAUUGAAAAAGAAAGAAAAAUCAUUAACAGCACCUACUGUAACAUUGUGGGUUAUGACCAAAUGAAUAAAGGAGUACUGUGAGGUAACCACCUUGCCCUGUAUGAUUAUCAAGAUAAUUUGAAAACUAAACCUUAAAAAAUUGAUAAUUGUAAAUCUUUAUGGAGUUUCCUCAAACAUGACCCAAAAUAAAUAGAAAAUCGAAUUUAAAUAAAUGCAAUUACAGCCCACAGCUUCAUUACAUAUGUAAAUAUCAGUCUGUAUAUUCUAUGCACCAUUUAAAAGUCCUCUAAAUCAAGAUUCUCAAAAAUGUAAAUAGCUGUUAUUUUCUUAAUAUAUUUUUGGUAAUGUUUAUGCAAGCUUGGAAGAUAAAAUGCAUAUUUAAACUAUGACACACUUAUUAAAAAAUAUUGGCUAUUGAUAGUUGCAUGGGAUAUGACUAAACUUGAACUUGUGGAUUAUUAAUAACAUGACACCUUCGAGUGAAAUGUUAAAUUGACUCUGUACAACCAAACAUAUGGGAAGAGAAAACAUUGUACAUUGGACUAGUAGUAUGUCAGACUAAAAUGUAUGGUUUAUAGUACAGGACAUACUGUACAUAAAUUUAGGCAAUUUUUAUUCUGCUUCAAUUCAUACAUAAAGCUGGAUUUUUUCCAUCUGACACUGUAAUCCUACUAACAUUUAUGCUUUAACAUUUAUACCAAAGUGAUGAUUUCCAGCUUUAAAAUAUAGAACUAGAUUUAUCUUGUGCAAUGCAACAUAAAUACUCAAACCAUCUUUUUUUAGAUUCAGCACCUAGCAAAAUGGACCAACAAUAGAAUAUGAAUACUCUUUGAGUUUAUGUAUACAUGGAAAAAACAUUUUAGCAUUAGUGUCUAAAAUAAAAGUUUCACUUUCAUAUAGAGCACUUAUAUAGGUACAGUAGACGUUACUACCUAUAUAGUCAAACGUAACAGCACAAUCAGUCCUGACAGCAGUGGGGACACUCACAUGGAUAUAGAGAAUGCUACAUAUUGAUAAAAGCUGUUUUAAUUCUAAAGACUCAAAAUGAAGUUCAUUAUCAGGGAGAUAAUCAAAACGUUUUGUACAUGUGCAAGUUUUGAACUGGAAAUUCAGUAAGAGGUAGGUGUGGGAAAUGUUUUAUACAACUUUGAAUUAUUUUUGAGGGGGUUUAAAAGUAGCUAGAGAUCAAUUUCAGCUCGAAUAUUGAAAAAUAAUCUGGUGCAAAGCUUUUUUUAAUAAGUCCCCUUUAAAUGUAAACCAUCUUUUAAAGCUACUUACAAAAUAUAUUUUGCUUAAGUCAUACAGUAUAGAUACAAAAGAUACAAAAGUACAAAAUGUCUGAAGUAUUACUGAUCUUUAUCAGAAGAUAGAAUGUCUGUUAAUGAUGUGAAAUGAGACUGUUACAAAGCAAUCAUCACUGUACUACAGUGCAUACAUACACUACAAUACGGUUGUAAAAUAUUUGAUCAUUGGUACUGAUAUAUUUUGUAUCACUUCAAUGAAUAACAGUACAGCACUACCAAACAAAGUUAUACGUAUCAAUGAUUGUUACAUUAUUUUUCUAUUAUUUUACUUUUUAAUAUGUACUGUACUUGCUUAAUUAAAAAUCUUCAGAUGUAAAAUUGUAUGAUGCAUUAUCUUCUGUUAAGUUUCUGUGAAUUGAGUGCAAGUUGUUAUAUCACCGCACAUCUAUCCAUUAUCCAAGAGCCAUUUAUUCACCCUAAGAAUCAUGGCAAACCAAAGACUGAGCCAAAUUCAGAAAUUGCAGUUCAACACUACACCUGUAAUGGGACACUAGUCCAUCGCAGGGCACACACACACAAGGAAAGUCCAGAGAUACCCACAUGGAGAGAACAUACAGAUUCCACACCACAGGCCCAGGACCUCAGAGCUGGAAGGCAGUAGCAAUAAGCACCACUAUGCUGCCCUGUGGGGAACUAAACAGCAAAAAAAAGACAUUUAAAUCCUUAAACAGGGUUUCUGUAAAUACUGUAAAUGAAUAAAUUGUUUUUUUAAGAAUGUGUAAUGUAUGCAGUAUUCUUAGUUCCCAUUAAGUAUAUAAACAUAAUCAUUGCAUUUUCUUUCUUUUUGUGCUUGUAUAAAUACAGUCAAACCUUUGGGAAAUACAGAGGAAAUGUGCAAGCAGGCUGAAAACAUUUUAAGGUAACUUAAAAGAAAAGCUGUUAUGAAGAGAAAUUAGUCACAUUUUAUGUAACUGAUAUGCAUGUGCAGUAUGCAAACAAUUAUUUAAAAACAGAAUGUGAAGUGGUACAAAGAACAUUUUUAUUUGCUUUUUUCUGUAUUUUCAUAUCUUGUUCUCCACAGAGAACAUUAACUUUUCAAAAAGAAACAACAAUAAAAUACAUUUCAUUUAACUGUACUGCACAUAACAAUGAACACCAGCUGUUUUUGUUUUCCUUCAGAAGAAAUCUUUCAGAAUUGUGAGAAAUUCAAUAUCCAUGUGUAGAUUUAUCUGGUUAAGGGGAUUCGUUUUUUUAGACAACAGCUAAACACUGUGCCACAAAAAAGCACGCAGGAGAAGUUGCUGUAAAUUGCCGUUGCAAUAAAGUGCAGUAUCACUGUGACCAGGUCCACACUAUAUAUGUGGAUCCUGGCUUGUUUUUUGUCAGAGGUAAUUUAAUUUUUAUAAUGUCACUUGCAUGCUUUUGGAAUUCAAAUAAUUUGGAAUUUAAUAUAAACUCCUCAUUAAAAGUAAAGUAGGGUGACAUGAUAGCUUUGAUAGCAUUGCUCCCUCGCAGCACUGGGGUCCUGGGUUCAAUUCUGGACUUUGAGCCCUGUCUGUGUGAGUUUGUACAGUGUAUUCUCCCUGCGUUUGCAUGUGUUUUUCCUGGGUGCUCUGGUUUCCUCCCAUAGUCACAAGACAUACUGGUAGUUUAAUUGGUUUCUGGGAAAAUUGGCCCUGGAGUGUGAGCAUCUGUGUUUCUGUCUGCCCUGCGAUUGACCGACAUCCCAUUGUAUCCCAUCUUCUGGCUGUAGCUUGUCGGACUAGGCUCCAGCUCACACACAACCCUCUAUUGGAUAAAGUGCUUAGAAAAUGGAUGGAUGAAAGUAUACUUAGUACUGUUUUAUGUGUG